CAGUUGCUCGUACGUUGCCCUGGAGCGCGCACUCUUCAAAAUUUGAUUGCCGAUUGCGCGGUCUAAAUUUUUUCUUCUGGUAUUGAUUAGAACUGAUUUUACUGGAGAAUAAUGUUGGCGCUACCAUUUUUUCUCAUCGCUCUGGCUGCCUAUGCAAGUGGCUGCAAUGUCCCGAUUCAGCACUACGAAACCAUGAGAUGCAACCCGAUAGGGAAAAGAACAAGUGCGGGAUGCCCGCAAAGGUAUGAAUGCCCAACCUUGACUACACGUGAUAGCACGAAAUGUUACUUCCACGGACAAACGUAUCGGCUGGACGAACAAAUUCCGAACCCGGAAGUAGCUCAUCAAUGCGCAACUUCCUGCCACUGCAGAAGCGGAAAACCAUUUGCCCGGAUCGAAUGCGUCAACAUUGAGUGCCCCGAGGGUUUCAAGGGGUACGAUCGUGAAAAUUGCGUCCUCUCGUACAACCUCCAGACGUGCUGCUCAGUCGGACAAAUUUGUGGCAAACAGCGAAGCAAAACGCACAAGUGUACCCUGGAUGGGAAAACGUACCUGGAGAAGGAACGGAUGCAUCCGGCCAAGGACCAAUGCAGGACCUGCAUCUGCCACAAAAAAUUCCAGGAGUCCAACCAGGUUAUCGAUCCCUACUGCUACGAUUCUAUUUGUGACUUCGAGCUGCGCUAUUCGGAUAAACUUUACGCUGGAGCUGCUCCCGUUUACUUCAAGGAUAGCUGCUGUCCCGUGUUGUGGAAAAUGCCUGAAAACACUGACAAAGUGGCUGUUGUUUCUGGUAAAAAGUCGGUGCCGGCUGCGGGCCCUCAAAGUUCGGCAAUGAAGUGCAAGUUUGGAAAGCUUACCUUGAACGUGGGCGAUAAGCUGGAACCGGUGCGGUCCAAUCAAUACACCUACCAGUGCUCCUGUGAUGUUCCACCAAUGGUUCACUGUAUCGCUAGCGUCAGUCCUUCCUAAAAAGCAAGAGUCGAACUGACUACACGGGUUAAGCACAAGACUUUUUGCUAUCAUCAAGGUAUUGGCUUAUAACUACGGUCAAAAGUAAAACAUUCUGAUAAUAAAAAUCUACGCAUUCGAUUUUUUUCCUCUGAUUUAGUA